GCAGUUGCCCCUUCCCACUAGCACUUUGACUAGCAUUUCUUGCUUUCAGAUUGUUGGCAUGGAAUGGAGAAUGAGGAGGAUCUUUCUGAGCAGGAUAUUUCUUUAGAAGAUGUGUCCCAAGUAAGGACUUCAAAUGAAGGUCUGUCUCCCCAGAAGGCUCCUCCUUGUGUGAUGUAUGGCCUGGUCUUGAGAGACAUUUUGCACAUAACUCAUCACCAACAGGGAACACAUUGUCAGCAGAAACUGUACAGAUGUGGGACAUCUGGGAAACAGUUGUAUUUCUCUGCAGACAUUGAUCAGCACUUUGGAGAGAAACCCUUCAAAAGCAAUGUGGGAAGAGCCUUAUUUAUGAAGAGGUACAAAUUCCAUGAAUCAAGGGAACCCUUUGCCUGCAUAGAAGUUGGGAAGGACUUCCUGGCCAGCUCAGAAUUUCUCCAUCAACCAGCCACUUGCAUUGAGGAACAGUCAAAUGGCAAAAGUAAUUUGGGGACUGUCUGUCACAAUGGAAAAACUCAUUUUGACUAUAGAGAAUACAUACAGACAUGCAGCCAUGAACACACAACUGUGCAGCAGCAGAAAACCCACACUAGAGAAAGAUGUUAUAUGUGCAGUGAGUGUGGGAAAUCUUUUAGCAAAAGCUAUAGCCUCAAUGACCACUGGAGGGUUCACACUGGUGAAAAGCCUUAUGAGUGUGGGGAGUGUGGGAAAUCAUUUAGGCAGAGCUCUAGCCUCAUUCAGCACCGGAGAGUUCACACUGGAGUGCGACCUCAUGAAUGUGAGGAAUGUGGUAAAUUAUUUAGCAACAAGUCCAACCUCAUCAAACAUCGGAGAGUUCACACUGGAGAAAGGCCUUAUGAGUGCAGUGAAUGUGGGAAAUCCUUUAGUGAGAGCUCAGCACUUCUUCAGCACCAGAGCGUGCACACUGGAGAAAGGCCUUACGAAUGCAGUGAAUGUGGGAAAUUCUUUACAUAUCAUUCGAGUCUCAUAAAGCACCAGAAAGUUCAUAGUGGAUCGAAACCUUAUGAAUGCAGUGAGUGUGGGAAAUCAUUCAGUCAAAAUUCCAGCCUCAUUGAACACAGGAGAGUUCAUACUGGAGAAAGGCCCUUUAAGUGCAAUGAAUGUGGGAAAUCCUUUAGCCAGAGCUCUGCACUCCUUCAGCAUCGUAGAGUUCACACUGGAGAAAGGCCUUAUGAGUGCAGUGAAUGUGGGAAAUUCUUUACCUAUAGUUCCAGUCUCCAAAAACACCAGAGAGUUCAUACUGGUUCAAGGCCUUAUGAGUGCAGUGAAUGUGGGAAAUCCUUUACUCAAAACUCCAGUCUCAUUAAACACAAGAGAGUUCAUACUGGGGAAAGACCUUAUGAGUGCAACGAAUGUGGGAAAUCCUUUAGCCAUAGCUCUAGCCUCAUUAAACACAGGCGAAUUCAUACUCGAUAAAGGCCUGUGGGAAAUAUGGAAAACCCUUUAGCUGAAGAUCCAAUCUCUACAAACUUGAAAAUUCACCUUAGAAAAGUCCUUGUGAGAACAGUGAACUUGAGAAAACAUUCAGCUGAAAGCCUUAUCUCAGUGGAUACCACAAAGUUCAUAUGAGAAAUAUACCUUUGAUGUGCAUGGAUAUGUUAUUGUUCAUUAUACCAGUUCUUGAAGGGUUUUGGUGGUGCCACUGCCUGAAUAGGACCACAUACAUCCAAGCAUCCACUCACAUUCCAGGUAUGUGGGAGAUGGGCUGCACUCAUUAACCUGCCUGGGCCCCGUGCCAAAUUCAUGCCACUGAAAGCUUAACUCUACCUGCUGGAAGGUGCCCACAGUAUGCACCAUUCACCCACCCCAGUGAAACAGGGCUCUCCCGUCUGUGAAAAGGAUUUGUACGUAGGCUAAGCAUUCAUCCCCUUUUCAUCUAUUUCUCUCUGAUGAGUUAGUCCAUGCCACAAGGACUGUGCUGUUGACUUAGGAAGGUGGACCUUUUUCAGAAAUAUUGUUGGUUUCAUGUGACUCUUGAUGGAAUUUUUCCUACCACAGAAUCACCAUGUGUGGGAACCACCUGUGUCUCAUUGCUCCGGUUGUCUGAUAAUAAAAUCUUUAUUGGUUGAGGCACCAGUUAUUUGGGGGAAUUCUAUUUACUGAAUGUAGUUCUUUGAAAACAAUUGGGAUCUUUUGGGUGAACAAGUUUGUUGGGAUCCCAAACUUUGUGUCCCUAGGGAGGGUAGUGGAAUGAUGGCAGAAUACAGCUCUUUCUGGCUUGGGCCUUCUGUAUUGCUGCCUGAGGCUUCCAGGAAAACCUGCAGGGCGCUGUUUGAAGUCGGGAGAGGUAGUGACAAUCUGAUGCUUCUGAGAGCAACAUGAACUUAUUUUCCUUUUCAAAGGGAUAUUGCCUCAAGCUCAGUAUUGGCUGGGGUUCCUGUUUGUCAGGCCCUGCAUGGAUCUGUAUGCCCUGACAUUCUGAGUUCCAUAGGAUAGCAUCACAAGCUGUAAGAUUAUAGUUGUUAACAGAAAUACUGGAUUAAUAGGUAGUGGAAGAGACUAUCACAAAUUGAUUGGUGCCUCUUUUACAUGGGUAUCCACAAUGUUAGUCACUCUGGCUAUGAAAGAUGAGCAGGUCAGAAAUACUUAGGACCGUAUCUUGUGUAGCUGAAGUUAUUGUCAGAGACUGCUCAUCUCAAGGCUGUACUGUGCAGACAGGAAAAUAAGGAUUCUAAGAAGGGAGAUCUUGGUCCACUUACAUGGCCUCUGUGAGCAGGCAGUAUUCCUGCCAAGUCCAGAGGAAACAGUCUUCACCUCUUAGCUAUGUUUGUUACCACUGAGGCAAGAGGUCCCCCAGGGCAUGAGGAGAAAGGUGAUGGAGUCAACAUCGUCAAUCCUGAUUUUUCAAAAACAAAUUCAGACUUUCACCUGUACAACAAUAGAUUCAUUCAUAUCCUGGAAUUGUAUGUUAUUGAAAUCGUUUUAAGUUCUCAUGAUUUUUCCCCUGGGUAUAUUCAAACAGCAUAUAUGAGAUUUAUCAGUAUUGCUUAUAUGAGUGGGAUUUUUGUUUUUUAAGAGAAAGGAAAAAGGUUUGUGGCUUUGCUGCAAAGAAGAAACACUGGGUACUCCUGUCCCCAAAGCUGUGACUCUGCCCAUCAACAGGAACAUGAUAUUUGGAUAUUUUUUAUUGCUGAGAAGUAUGAGGUUAUAUGGCUAUAACCUAUUUUUUAUUUAUUCAUCUGGUCAUAGAUAUUUUGGUUGUUUACAACAAGUUUUAGAUUUAUUGCAAAUAAAAGCUGCUGCAAACA